AUGGGCUCCAUCACCACCCCACCCCCAGGCACGACGCCCAAAGCAGCCACCGCCCCAACCUUCUCAAUCCGCAAAGCCACCCUCCAAGACGCAGAACAGAUCGCCGCUCUCGGCGCCGCCGUCUUCACGCACACCUUCAAGGAGUCCGGGUGCACGGCUCAACAGCUCCGGUCCUACCUUGACGAGGCGUACACGGUGGCCGCCAUCCGAGCCACGCUUACGAGCCCGGCGCAGGACACGCUUGUGGCUACUAGCAUCAAGCUGCUAGGCUUCGCCGUUCUCAACCACACCACCUCCCCCUCCGAGCCAGCCAUCGCAGGGUUUCCCCACCCUGUCGAGGUGCAGCGGCUGUAUGUCGACCUCGGCGCACACGGUCGGGGGAUCGGGACAGCGCUCAUGGCGGCGGUGGAGGAGCUGGCGAAGGCCCAGGGGGGUUAUGAAACAGCCUGGUUGGGGGUCUGGGAGCGGAAUUUUCGGGCACAGAAGGUGUAUGGACGGUUAGGGUAUCGACGGGUCGGGGAGCAUGUUUUUGAUGUUGGGGGGGAUGAGCAGACUGAUUGGAUUAUGGUAAAGGCGUUGUGA